GAGCGCGGGCGGGGCGCUCUAUGCGGAAGCCGGAGGCGUCUGGUCUAUCUUCUUCUGGGAGCGGGUGGUCUGCUCCCAGUUGUUGAGCCGGGCAACUCUGUCCCAAUCCUCGAGUUCUCCCAAAGGGCCCGGACAGAUUGAAGCCAUGGCCAUUCUUUUUGCUGUUGUUGCCAGGGGAACCACUAUCCUUGCCAAACAUGCUUGGUGUGGAGGAAACUUCCUGGAGGUGACAGAGCAGAUUCUGGCUAAGAUACCUUCUGAAAAUAACAAACUAACGUACUCACAUGGCAAUUAUUUGUUUCAUUACAUCUGCCAAGACAGGAUUGUAUAUCUUUGUAUCACUGAUGAUGAUUUUGAACGUUCACGAGCCUUUAACUUUCUGAAUGAGAUAAAGAAGAGGUUCCAGACUACAUAUGGUUCAAGAGCACAGACGGCACUCCCAUAUGCCAUGAAUAGUGAGUUCUCAAGUGUCUUGGCUGCACAACUGAAGCAUCACUCCGAGAAUAAGGGCCUAGACAAAGUGAUGGAGACUCAAGCUCAAGUGGAUGAACUGAAAGGAAUCAUGGUCAGAAACAUAGAUUUGGUAGCUCAGCGAGGUGAAAGAUUGGAAUUAUUGAUAGAUAAAACAGAAAAUCUCGUGGAUUCGUCUGUCACCUUCAAAACAACCAGCAGAAAUCUUGCCCGAGCCAUGUGUAUGAAGAAUCUCAAGCUCACAAUCAUCAUCAUCAUCAUAUCAGUUGUAUUCAUCUAUAUUAUUGUGUCACCUCUCUGUGGUGGAUUUACAUGGCCAAGCUGUGUGAAGAAAUAAAAAAGUUAUUAACCAAGGAUAUGAGAGAACAAGGAGUUAAAAGCAAUCUGUGUGAUUCAAGCCUUUUAAUACUGACAGAUGGUGUCUGCCAGUCUCUUCAACCCUCUUCUUUCUCUUUUUUAAGUCUUGUUCUAUGCCUCCAGAUUUAUCUUUGUCCUACCAACCAUUUUAUUCCAGAUUGAACUAUUGCAGCAGUAGCCUUAAAAAGGCAUUUUGUUUCUUUGGUUUAUUAACUAAUGUCAUCUACUUACAGAAACAUUUUUGUCGGUAAUUGCACAAAGCAAGGUGGAAACCACUUGUCUUAUGAGCUGUCUACUAAAGUUAUGCAUGACCUUUGUGCAAACAAAAGUUCAAGAGACAGGAUUGCUAACAUCUCAUCUUAGUGUCUUUUGAUUUUGAAGGGUUUUAGGUGCUUGAAAACAAUAUACAUGGAGAAUUGUUAUUAUUUGGGGAAUUGUAAAUAAAUUGCUGGUGCUGCUUGUUUCUAGGAGCCCAAGCAGGUAAAGUAUUAAACAUUUUAUCUCAGCCAGAUGGGGAACAUUUUGCUAGCCUGUUAGAAGCACACAGAAAUUAUUCUUGUCUGCCUAUUAUUCACUUGUAGGAAGAAACUUUUGAUCAUUUUCAAACCUUACAGAGCUUGAUAUCCUCUAUUUUCCCAUUGCAGUUGAUUUAAGAAGAGGGUGGUUUAAAUGUUAUUGAAGGUUGUGGAUUUUUAUAUAUUCCCUUUCCUUUGGUGGAUAUUUAAGGCAAUUGUAUAGAUAAUAGAAUGGGUAGUGGAGGGAGUAGGGAGGCAUAUUCCUGUGGCUCACCAAAGAAAAAGAAGAGAACCACAGUGGAUGUGCUAUCAUUUUAGCUGUAUGAAGGGAAAUAGUGUGGGAAAUUUUUCCCAGCCUGGGAAAAGCCCAAACUGAAUAUAGUCAACAGUCAACUCCAGGGUUUGGGUUUGACUGGUGUUGAAUAAAAUAGUUCAAGCAUCCUUUCUGGUUUAAUAAGUUCUUUAAACUGCCUAGUUUUGACGAAUUCUUUUGUGAAACUUGAGAGUAGACAGUAUGGUAAUAGAAACAAUACAAGACAGAUUUGCUAGCAUCCAUGUAACUGUAGUGUGACAAAAAACUGAAGUGUAAGCAUACUGCUUUGGCUACUCUGGCAUCUGUUAGCUAGUGUGUACCUUUGGUGUGUAUCUGAAAGGACCACAUUUGCUGCCCUAGAUCUAAUUGCAUCAUUUAUUAAUAAAUGCCAGUAAAUGGAAAUUAUAUUAUAUUUGACUAUUUUCCCAAUGAAAGAAAAAAUUGGUCUAUAAAACCUAACCACCUAUUUAGCCUAGUAAUGUGCCUUGAAUAUAUGUGUCUCACAGAAUCUGGCUCCUGCUAUCUGUUCUUCCUUCUAAACCUUUUGAUUCAUGCUGAUUCAUUUAUUUGACAUAUAUUUUUGACCCAUCAGAACUCUUUUCCUGGUGAUCAUGCGGAGUGUAAAUGUUUUUUCAUUCUUCUUCAUCAACACUAAUGCCUUUUAAUUAUAUCAGCACUUCUAUUGGUGUUUACAUUUGUUCCAUGAAAACAUUUGGCAUUCCUGAAUAAUAAUUUCCAAAUAUUGUUAAUCCAAAGAAAAAGACUUAAAGCUUAUUUCCCUUUCUUAUACACACCUGAAUAAAAAUGAUGUGCAUGUUUUAGGGAUAAAUUACUAAACACCCCCUUGGUCUAUUUAUGUAUAAGAAUGCUUUUAAAGCACAUAUCUUGUUUUAAAUGAUGCACAAACUGAAGGCAUUAAUAAAAUGUAAGAGUAAUACGA